AUGACCCCAAACGAAGGCGACCAGGCGAUGGCCCACAAAGAACAGAGAGCUGUGUUUUCCUCUCGGAGCAACACGAGUUCUGCGAAGCUAUUGGACGAAGUACCAUCUAGCGACAAUGAGCGACUUUACACUCUGCAAGCCGCAGAGGACCCAACGCAUUGCGGAUCACCCAAAGUUGACCCUUUGAUCUGGGCCGAAGUGACUUCCCACCUCACUGUUCCCAACACGAUAGACGCCCGCCAACGGGACAUUUUGUUCGAGAACUUGACUGUUCAUGGCAAAGGAUCUUCGGUACAAAUCCAACAGACUGUUUUGUCGGCCCUGCUAUACCCCGUUGCGUACUCCGUCAAACGGCUCGUGAGCAUUGUUCGUAACAAGAAAGCCGAGUGUGACCGACGAACCAUAUUACAUGGAUUUGAUGGGAUUGUGCACAGUGGUGAAUUAUUGCUGGUGCUCGGUCGUCCGGGUAGUGGGUGCUCAACAUUCUUGAAAUCGUUAUGUGGUUAUCUGGAUGGGUUAGAUAUCGACCCCGUCAGUGAGAUUCAGUAUAAGGGAAUACCAUUCAAAGCGAUGAUGCAAAAGUACCGGGGUGAGGUAGUGUACAAUCAAGAGACGGAUCAUCACUUUCCGAACUUAACAGUUGGUCAAACACUUGAGUUUGCAGCGCAUUCACGAGCACCACACAAUCGAGGAAGUAAUCUGAGUCGAGACCAGUAUGUUAAAUCCAUUGUGAAAGUCGUUAUGGACACAUUUGGUCUUUCCCACGCAUACAAUACGAAUGUCGGCAACGACUAUGUUCCAGGCGUCAGUGGAGGGGAAAGAAAGAGAGUCAGCAUUGCGGAAACAGUCGUGUCACGGGCUUCGGUUGUGGCAUGGGACAACAGCACACGUGGGCUUGAUGCAGCCACCGCUGUCGACUUUGUUCGGGCACUUCGUACCUCAGCCAAACUAGGAGGCUCUUGUCAUGCUGUCGCUGUGUAUCAAGCCUCAGAGGCUCUUUACAACACCUUCGACCAAAUCAUCCUUCUAUACGAAGGACGGGAAAUAUAUUUUGGUCCUCGGGAAACGGCUGUUUCAUACUUUGAGAUGAUGGGAUGGAAAAGACCACUCCAACAAGUGAGCGCGGAUUUCCUCACAGCCAUCACCAACCCUGGUGAGCGACAGCCACAGCUCGGCAUGGAAGAUGCAGUCCCCCGCACACCGGUCGAGUUCGAAGCAUACUGGAAGCAAAGCCGGGAACAUGCAGAGCUGCAGACGGCAAUGCGACAAUACAAACAGAAUAUUCCACUUGAUGGCUUAGAGGAGACCAGAUUGAAUGACAUCAAGCGCCUUGAGCAAGCAACUCGUGCUCGACCAUCGAGCCCAUAUCUUCUCUCAGUGCCUAUGCAAAUCAGACUGUGCAUCGCUAGAGCUUGGCAACGGACUCGCAACGACAUCCCGGCCCUAAUUUUCACAGCAGUGGCGCAGAUGAUAAUAUCUCUCAUCAUCGGAUCUCUCUUUUACAAUAUUCCACAGAAUACCGCUGGACUGGGCCAGAGAGCAUCAAUACUUUUCCUGGCUGUUUUGACCAACGCUUUGAUAUCCUUGUUGGAGAUCACCACCCUAUACAGCCAAAGAUUGAUCGUGGAGAAACAAGCAGCUUAUGCCUUUGUUCACCCAUUUACCGAAGCUAUCGCAGGAGUUAUUGUGGAUUUCCCUAUCAAAGUUUUGCGAUGUGUCUCGUCCGCUAUUAUAAUAUAUUUUCUGGCAGAUCUCAGGAGAGAGGCCUCCCAUUUCUUUGUCUACGUUCUCUUCCAACUCACAGCCGUCAUGACAAUGUCUACGAUGUUUCGCACUUUAGCCACCAUCACAAGGACUAUCGGACAGGCUAUGUCUCUGGCUGGGAUCAUGAUUAUAUGUGUCGCCGUGUACACUGGUUUCACUGUUCCUCAAUUCGAUAUGCGGCCAUGGUUUGGAUGGAUCCGAUGGCUCAAUCCAAUUUUUUACGCUUUCGAGGCCAUUGUCUCUAAUGAGUUCCAUGGUCGCCGUUUUGAGUGUGUGGAAUACAUUCCAAACUUGAAUUUCCAGCAGGGGCCAUCUUUCACUUGCGCUUAUGUUGGAUCCGUUGCAGGCGAGCGAUAUGUUUCUGGGGAUGCAUAUAUCGCAGAUAGCUAUGAUUACUCCUACGAUCAUGUGUGGAGAAAUUAUGGCAUCUUAGUUGCCUUUCUUGUCUUCUUCUAUGUACUGUACUUUUGGCUUACGGAGUUGAUCCCAGGAACCACACCGGCCCACGAAGUCUUGAUCUUCCGCAGUGGGGAUGUGCCUGAGAAACUGAUUCGGGGUGAUGUGGAGUCCGGAGAAGAGCCGCUACGUUUGCAGGAGCUGAAAUCACUGGCCCCUGAGGCCCAUUCAUCAGUGACAGCACAAAAGGAUACCCUCAGCUGGAAGGGACUUUGCUACGAUAUUCCAGUCAAGGGUGGCGAAAAGCGACUCCUAGAUGAUGUUAGUGGCUGGAUCAAACCUGGAUCACUCACGGCGCUCAUGGGAGUCUCAGGUGCUGGAAAAACAACACUUAUGAAUGUUCUAGCGCAGCGCAUGACUAUCGGGAUUGUCACGGGAGAUAUAUUGGUCAACGGCCACGAACUUGACGACAGCUUUGCCCGAAAAACUGGCUACGUCCCACAGCAAGAUCUUCAUGUGGAGACUUGCACCAUCCGCGAGGCCCUUCGAUUUAGCGCAGCACUGCGUCAACCCCAAUCCGUAUCGAUCGAGCAAAAAUAUGCUUUUGUAGAGGAGGUAAUUCAGUUGCUGGGAAUGGAGGAUUUUGCGGAAGCGGUUAUUGGAAAUCCCGGCGAUGGUUUAAACAUGGAACAAAGGAAACUGCUGAGUAUUGGAGUCGAGCUCACUGCCAAGCCUCAACUUCUGAUCUUCCUUGACGAGCCAACCAGUGGUUUGGAUUCACGAAGUUCGUGGGCUAUCUGCGCGUUCAUGAGAAAGCUUGCGGACCAUGGCCAGCCCAUUCUUGCUACAAUCCAUCAACCAAGUGCUGUUCUCUUCGAGCAAUUCGAUCGUUUACUGUUUCUUGCCAAAGGCGGGAAGACAGUCUAUUUUGGAGACAUUGGUAACCAGGCUCAGACAGUUCUGGGAUAUCUCGAAAAGCAUGGAGCUCGUCACUGUGGCCCAACCGAAAACCCCGCUGAAUACAUGCUCGAGGUCAUCGGUGGGGGGACCCAAGGGGAAGGGGAGUGUACGCCCAUUGACUGGGUUCACUCGUGGAAAAACAGCUCUGAACACGACAAAGUUCUUGAAGAGUUGGACAUUCUCGCAUCAUCACCGCCAAACGCUGCGUCCGCCAACCCCUACAAAGUGAAUGAAUUUGCAAUGCCUCUCACACUUCAAUUUUACCGCGUUAUGGCACGCGACCUCCAACAGUAUUAUCGCCAACCCGAAUACAUUUUGGCCAAGUUUGGAGCAGGUGUUUUUUGCGGCCUUUUUAUCGGCUUCUCCUUCUGGAAAUCUGAUAACUCAAGCCAAGGCUUUCAAAAUGUUUUGUUUAGUUUGUUCCUCUUGUGCACAAUAUUCUCCACACUCGUCAACCAAAUUAUGCCCAAAUUUCUUUCUCGACGAACAUUAUAUGAAUUGCGAGAGAGACCAGCUAAAACCUACUCAUGGAAAGUAUUCAUUCUGUGUCAGAUACUCGUUGAGCUGCCAUGGCAAGCCUUGCUGGGGCUAUGUACCUGGGCCUCAUUUUACUUUUCGGUUUACGGUAGCGCCCAAAGCCCUCAGCGGCAGGUGCUUAUUCUUCUCUUCACUGUACAAUUCUUCCUAUUCGCAUCAACCUUUGCCCAACUUGUGAUUGCUGCAGUCCCGAAUGUGGCUUUGGGCAGCAUGCUGUCUACAUUCGCAUUCCUCCUAUGCCUCCUGUUCAAUGGCAUCAUGCAGCCACCUAGUGCACUACCACGGUUUUGGACAUUUAUGAAUCGGGUUUCCCCUCUCACCUAUUACGUGGGCGGCAUUAGUGCUACUGCAUUGCAUGGUCGUCCAAUCCACUGCUCUGAUCGAGAGCUGAGAGUCUUUGACCCCCCACGUGGACAAAAUUGCGGUGAAUAUCUGGUGGAAUAUCUAAAAACAGCGCCAGGCACGCUGUACAACCCACUUUCGGCCGAUCGAUGCCAGUAUUGCCCGCUUCGGGUGGCAGAUCAGUAUCUUGCUGCUCGGGAGAUCUCCUGGGAUAACCGAUGGAGAAACUUUGGAAUUUUCUGGGCGUAUAUCAUCUCUAACAUCAUUGGCGCCAUUGGACUGUAUUAUCUGUUCCGAGUUCUACCCUACACAAGGAAAACUCGCGCACAGAAGCCUGGAAAAUGA